AUGAGUGGUGAAGAUUACAUGACCAGCGAUGACGAGAAUGACGCCGAAAAGAGAUAUGUAAGGCCAAUCUUCGUAAGAAAGCGCAAGGGAGAAGAAGACGACGCUGACACUAGCACAGACAAUGAUCACCACUAUCACCACCACCCAUGUGACAGACCCGAGAGGCCAUCGCAGCGUCAAAACGAAAAUACGCAAAGUAACACCAUACGGCUUGUACCAGUGACGAUGAGCACGGUGAAGUGCCCGCUGAAAAAAAAGAAAAAGAAGAGCAUGAGCACAAGUAGUCAUGAUACUACCCUUUUCGAGUACGGUGAAAGCAUAGCAGGUUACAAGUGCGUUACGACCGAGAGGGAAAUAGACCGCUUGAAACAGAGAAAAGAAAGCGAAAGCACGAGUGAAAGCGAAGUCGACGUUUUCGCCUUUGACCAGGCAAAUGGCAGCGAAGCUAAAGUCGAAGCCGAAGAACGUUACGCACGGGUUAUCCGACAGUAUUGGCGCAUGACUAAAGAUGAGCCGGCCAUCUUACCGCUGCCGGAUACACCUACCCUAGCGGCUGUCACUUUAGAUAUGAUCAACGAGUACAAUGUAGCACAAUUCUACACAAUGAGCAGUGCCUUGAUGGAUGCAAGCCGAGUAGACCUAAUCCGCCGCGACAGAAUCCGGUGGCACCCGGACAAGCAUCGUUAUCAUAAGCCCAAAGUCACAAAAUUGUUUCAGGCCAUUAACGGCUUGUGGGAGCAAGUAAAGACCGAGAAGUAA